GCUCGAACACUUUAUCCGAGUGUGUGGUGUAUUCUAACACGAUCCAACUUUAAGAAAAAACGCGCUCUAAAGAAGAAAACGCCGGCUCGCGUGCGAGUGGUUAACGCUAGUAUCAUGGUGCGCGGUACGCGUACGAGUGAACUCGAGAAGAGAACAGCGAGACGAUAUGCGUCGCGUGUGCGUGUAUCGCUCGCCGGAUCGCGACGAUUACUCGCGUGCUCGCUCGACGUGUGUGCGCGCCUUCGAUCGGCCUACCAGAGGCGGAAGAAACGCAAUGGCCACCGAGAAACGUUCUCACGGCGACCAGAACCGAACCAGUAGAAUUUCUUCGAUCGUAAUGGGAAAUCACCUACGCUUCGUUGCUAUGUGUCCCUGCGCGGCUACUGUAUCUUCCACAGUGCUAUACAGACACCGCUAUAUAUUUAUAAAUGCCUGUGUGUCGCCGUAUGUAUGCCUGUACGCAUGGAGGAGUUGCACGCGCGCGCGCCGACGCCAAGACCCGCUCGCCGUCCUUGAGCAGGAGGUACAUAACUAAAAACUUGUUAUAAGAAAUCAAAGCGCAGUAGAAUGAGACAUUGAUCAUUACGUAUAACAUUGUAUCGUUCUCAAUUACGUUAACCGAUGAGAUUGCAUUACAAAGCAUUUUCGUAGGUAUGUACGUGGCUUAAGCGCCCGUCAGGUCGGCUUCACCGAGAACCCCGAGUUGUUCUUAACGUUUUCUGACCGGGGUGAAUCGAUUUUUCAAGUACACGAAGAUAGAAGGCGGCUUUAGGGAAUAAGAUGUUUUAGUCGGCAGCGUUGCAGCUGAAUAUAUACAAGGUAGGCGAAGGUUUAUUGUUCCAAGGAUAGGGGGUGACCGGCGGGGACUGGGAAGAUGGAGGGUAGCGGUGCAGGAAUUAGCAGGCUCGACUGCUACGAAGAUAUGUUUAAGGAAAUAACCAGAAAAUUGUACGGUGAAGAUCCUGAUCAUAGAACCUCAAGCGUUCAGAACGAGUUCGAAACUUCUGUAUCGUACAAGACCGAAGAGGAUACCGGAAACGGAACCGAUAGCGAUGAUGGAAACUGGACCUGCGAAGAGGAGCCUUUGAAAGGCACCGAUGGAAGUCGUAUUGCUGCUUAUCACGCUGGAAAAGCGACAUGGAGGUGCUACGAAUGCGGUGAUUUGAUGGGAGGUGGACCACGGGAUGUAGCUGAACAUUUCAUGGAACUUCACUCGUCAAGGAUUCUUGGAGACGAUAGCAGAAACAGACAUCAUUCGCCCUCACAAGAUUAUCGACAGUCCGAAGAAUUAAAAGUGGAGGAUGUGAUUUCCUACCUGGAAAGGCUGCGUGAACGAGUAGAACGUGUGGCACCACCAUCCAGGAGAACUCAGGAAACGCAAACAGUGCCUGCAGCACUCUUACCUGUCACCUCUACCUUUCUGUUACAAGAAUUACCAUCAGCUCCUGCACCACAACAUUUGCAUCAGAACACCACCACGAUGUCUUCAGUGACAGUGACAUCGAGCGUGAAGCGGUAUAGCUGUCCAUAUUGUCCUUAUGGAACGGAUCGCCGCGAUCUGUACACACGACACGAAAAUAUCCACCGGGAGGAAAAACCGUUCCAUUGCUAUAUCUGUUACAAACCAUUCAACCGCGCUGAUCAUGUGAAAAAGCAUUUCUUAAGGAUGCAUCGCGAGCACGGUUACGAGUUAUCAAGGAUACGCAGACCAGCUGGAUCCAGUCCACCAAAGCCUCUCCAACAAGAGGCAGGAACCGCGAAUACCGGAAAUGUGAAUACGAAUGGCCAACCGCAGCAACAGCAUACAAAUUACUCGUCAGGAUUUAAUAAUAACAAAAAUUACCAGUUGCAGCCGAAUACUGGCAAUAAUACAGCUACUAACGCGGGGGGAAUUUAUCAAGGAACAUCGAUGCCUGCUCCGGGUAUUAUGCAACCUGAUGCAGCGAACUGCGCCACUGGAAGAAGAGUACAGAAUGGUGGAUGUAACAGCAAGAGCCAUCUUAAGGGAAGCUCUAAAGGUGCUCAGGAACGAAGGUACACUUGCUGCUACUGUUCCUGGAGCGGUGUGGACAACUGGUGUUUGAAACGGCAUCUAAACACACAUUUGAAGCCGUUUGCAUGCACCCUUUGCGAGUAUAAAGCGGCGCGUGCCGAACGCCUAGCCACCCACGUGCUCAAGGUGCACAACAGACGGCAAUGCUCAAGGUGCUCUUUCCUUGGCGAAGAUGCGGCCCAAUUACAGAUGCACCAGCUGCAUGUACAUCGAGUCAGCAGUGCUAACGCACCCGCGACCUCUACUACUCAAGCUACACCACCGCCUACUAAUCGCCAUCAACAACCUUUGCAUCCCGCAGGAGGAGGACGGCCACCACCUGGUCCACCAGUUUUUCCAGCUCCAGCUCCAGCCAUCGCACCUGCUACCACUGUGAUACCACCGACAACGAUACUCGGCCACGAGAUGGUAAACUCCCCUGCAACUGCAGCGACAAUGGCGUACCCGACCUUGGAGGAGGAGAGGCGGUCGAGCUGGCACGAGCACGGCCGCGACCACGACCAUCGUCGUCGCCAUCGUCAACACGACGCCAACCAGAUCGUCGAUCACCAUGAAACCGAGAUACUGAGACGCGACCUCGUUUCGUUUUACGCCGUAUACUCGUCGAACGUCGAGCAACACGACAACCGUCAUGUACACGACGAACCGUGCACCGGUUGUUCCAGUCGUGACUCUACUUCUACUUUACUUAAUCGUGAUUUUGCGCACAGCUACCGAGCCGUUCCCGAAGCGAGCAAGGGACAGUCAGCCACGGAGCCGUAUGAGUUUCCUUGGCUAAGAAACAUCCAGAGCAAACCGCACGAGAGGCGACCGAGGAAGCAGAGACAGCCCAGAAAGGUAACAGGGGUCCAGGAGUUCGAUGACGAGGACUCAACUUGUUCUGAGGGGGAGAACCAGGACAAGAAACUAGAAGAAACGACAUCCAGUCCUGUAAAGAAGUGUCCAUCCAGGGCUAUCACCUUGAUAGAUAUGAAAGCUAGGUAUCGAAAUCAACAGAACAGAAGAAAUUUGCUCAAGUGUCGUCAAUGCCCCAAAGAUGCACUUGCCAGGGGAUCAAUUUGUUCAGCGUACCACACCAAAGUCUCUCUCAUUCUCCAUAAACUAUGGAGGCACAGAAGGAAUGAAAUUAUAAGCAAUUGGGUAGCUAGGAACAGUUCGUUGUCACAACCGCCCUCCAUCACGUUGAAGGCGACGGUGUUCACCAACCCUGGAUACGAAUACGACAGAUAACACUCGAUAAGAAAGACAACGGCAGAUGAUCGUGUAGAUGGAUCUCGAAAUGCGAAUCUAGAAAGCUGCUUUUCGAUCAGUACCUUCUCCUUUUAACAAAUUAAUUUUGUAAUAAAGAUAUCUCUUUACUAUGACAGGCGGAAAUGUUUUUGUAAGACGUUUUGUUCGGAGGUCCUACAGAGAGGACUUCUCAGAAAAUUAUUACUAGGAUUUGAUUUGUUCUAUUGUCAUUGUACUUAAUCGUAAUAAGAGGAUAUUCUUAUUACAAAGUUAUCGAUCUCGCGGGGGAAAAUAUUUGACGAAAAGAGCUGGUACCUUUCGAUAUUCAUCGCUUUAAACUUUAGCUUCCGGAUUCAGGGUAUUUGUAUCGUAUUGGUUAAGAAAUCCGUAGCCUUCGUCUUGUUCGGAGGAUAAUAUCGGAUGCUGUGAAGCGAACGUCCGUUUCUGAGAAAUUAUUGGUGUUCCUAAUCGAGAUUUCGGACCACAUCUCGUGUGAAGUUUGAGGGUAUUGAUCGAUUUGAAACGAACGGUCCAUGUUUGGUCGAUGAACUACGGCGAUAGACGCGGAAACUUUCUCAUAGCCAACGAAACAAUUUUAGAUAGAAAAGAAUUUUGUCGAGGUUGUAGGGAUAAAACGAUAAAGGAGCCUUUCUGCUCUCAAUUAAACCUUUUCUGGACGGGACGAUGAUUCUAAGAAAUUAAAACAGCGAAACAUUUAGCGCAUAAGAAAGAACUAAUCGAAAGUACCUUGAGACUCGAGUUUUUAUCCUUGUAAGCACAUUCAUCCGCAUUGGACUUUAGAUUGCCUAUGACGAACGUCGCGAAGACCAUAUUUUUCAGAAAAGAUAACAGAUAAAAAAGAUGAAAAAAAAGAAUGCAAAUUGAAACGAUAUUAAUGUUGGAUGAUCGUCCCUAAUCGAUGUCUUGUGCGUAUGUCCAUCGUCCGUCUCUGUAAUUACGUGAUUAUUUUCGUUUACUGAUCAGUCGACUUUGCUAGCCUAAAAUAUACUUACGGUGGGGCUGUGUCUAGUCAAAAAAAAAAAAAAAAAGAAAAAAUAGAAAAAUAUAAAAAAAAAAGGCGAAAGAAAAAA